AUGGAAUGGAAUGGACCAUUCCCACCACCGUUGCUACCACACACCACCACCACCACGCCAUCCGCCGCCGUCACCUACCUCCGCCGCCACCCGCCACCGCUGCUGCCACCACCUAUUGAUGCCACCCACCUUCGUCCUCACCACCGCUGUCGCCGCCACCCACCGUCGCCACUGCCACCUCCGAUCAUCGCCACCACCCACAUUCGAUCAUCACCGCCACCAUUGCCACUGCCACCUUCGAUCACCGCCACCACUCACCGCCACCUCCGACCACCAUCGCCGCUGCUACCACCUCCGACCACCCCUACCACCACCAUUGCCACCGCCGCCACCUACCUCCACCGUCAUCCACCACCACCGUUGUCACCAUCCGCCGUCGUCUCCACCCACCACCACCGCCAACCUUCGCUGCUACAACUGACACCUAGCACCACCUCCCAUCAUCGCCCAUCACUGACCACCGCCAUCUGA